CAUGUUUGACCAUUCGUCUUAUUCAAAAAAAAAUUGUGAAAUAUGUAAAACUAUAUGUGUACAUGAAAGUAUAUUCAACAAUAAAUCAAAUAAUAUGAAAAGAAUAAAUAAUUACUUAAAUUUUUUGAAUAAGACGAAUGGUCAAACACAUACUAAAAAGUCAACGGUGUCAAACAUUUUGAAACGGAGGGAGUACUAUUUCUUCAGACCUGUCAUGGUUGCUAGGGCUGUCAUCUUUGAGGCAUCUUGACAUGAGUUGGGUGGAUCUUAGUGCCGUCAGGGACUGGGUCCAUACCGUCAACACGCUCUCUUCCCUGAAAGUUCUUCGCUUGAGGGGCUGUAAACUUGAGAGUGCCAUCUCUACCAUGUCACAUUUCAACCUCACACGUCUUGAGGUCCUCGAUCUUUCAGUCAACAAAUUCAAUGCUUCGAUUCAGCAGAAAUGGCUUUGGGAUCACAAAGGCAUCAAGGAGCUCUAUCUGACAGAAGGCCAUUGGUUUGGGUCCAUUCCGGACGCAUUUGGUAACAUGUCUGCACUUCAGGUUAUGGAUCUUGGCCACAACAACCUAAUGGGGACCAUACCGACAACCCUGCAGCAUCUGUGUGAUCUGCAGGUUGUUAGCCUAUAUGACAACUAUAUUGAUGGGGACGCAACAGAAUUCAUGGAGAGAUUACCGAGGUGUUCAUGGAAUAAGUUGCGAGAGAUGGACCUGCAUUCUACGAAUUUGAGCGGUGAGCUGCCGGUUUGGAUAGGAAAGUUGAGCAGCCUGGAUUUUGUUGAUCUCUCACACAACACACUGACUGGUGAGCUGCCUGUGGGUUUUGGAGCACUUAGAAACAUGAUUUACCUAAAUCUCGGUUGGAAUAAUUUCACCGGACAGAUUUCCGAGGAGCAUUUUUCAAGUUUACUGAACUUAAAAUAUUUGUACCUCUCUGGGAACUCUUUCAAGCAGAUGGUCUUCGAGGAAGAUUGGAUUCCUCCAUUCAGACUGAAGGUAGCACAUUUGCGGUCGUGUCGAUUAGGUCCCAAGUUCCCAUCAUGGCUAAAAUGGCAAACUGAAAUCAGGGUGCUUGAUGUCUCAGGCACGUGCAUAAGUGAUUCUUUGCCUGUUUGGUUUAAGACCGUUUUUUCUCAAGCUUACUCACUGAACUUGUCGGACAAUCAGUUAUGUGGUACCUUACCCAGAACUCCAGAGGAUAUGUUGGCAAUGGUGAUGGAUCUUGGGUCCAACAAUUUGACAGGUCAAGUUCCACGCUUCCCUGUAAACAUCACCUACUUUGAUCUCUCAAAUAAUUCUUUGUCCGGGCCACUACCAUCUGAUCUUGGAGCUCCCAGGUUAGAGGAGCUGCGUCUUUACAGCAAUUACAUCACAGGCACCAUCCCUGCUUAUUUCUGCCAGUUGCGUCGAUUGGUAUCUUUGUAUCUGUCAAGCAAUCACCUGACAGGAGAAUUCCCACAAUGUUCAGAUAACUACAAAGCACUACCACCGGAUGAUCUGGAUCCGUUCUUCUCGCCUUAUUUUGGCGCCGCAUGUCUACAAUAGACCUGAGCAACAAUAGCCUCACAGGCCCAUUCCCACAGUUUCUUGAAAAUACCACAUAUUUGCGUUUUCUUGAUCUCUCACACAACAUUUUUUCUGGGAAGCUGCCAACAUGGAUAGCAAAGAGAAUUCCGUACUCACGGUUUUUGCGGUUACAGUCGAAUAUGUUUUCUGGCCACAUUCCAGAGGAAUUAACCAACUCUUUUGGCCUUCAUUAUUUGGACCUUGCAAACAACAACAUAUCAGGAAUAAUACCUCAAUCUCUAGCAGGCAUGAAGGCCAUGAGGCGCACUACUCCGGAUGGGAACAGGGGCGAUGUCUACGAGGGCAGCAUAUCAUCGUUCACCAAAAGCCAAGAGCUUCACUACACCUUCAGCAACUACAAUCUGGUCGUCCUCCUCGAUCUGUCAGGCAACAGCUUGACAGGACAGAUUCCAGAGGAGAUAUCACUGCUCCUUGGGCUCAAGAGCCUGAAUCUCUCCGGCAACCACUUGGGUGGAAAGAUUCCGAACACGAUCGGCGAUUUGAAGGGGUUGGAGUCACUGGAUCUCUCUCGCAACAGGUUGUCCGGUGAAAUACCGUCAAGUUUGUCGGAAUUAACUUCCUUCAGCUGGCUGAACCUGUCCUACAACAAUUUGUCGGGGAGAAUACCAUCAGGGCAUCAACUACAGACACUCAAUGACCAAGAGUACAUCUACAUCGGCAAUCCUGGCCUUUGCGGCCCUCCUCUCCGCAAGAAUUGUGCAAUGAGAGGAAGACACGAUGAAGUUGACGAUGUGUCAGAUGAUUUAGCAGUCCUGUAUCUUGGUAUGAGCAUAGGGUUCGUAGUGUCUCUCUGGUUGGUGUUUUGCACUUUGCUGUUCAGGAAAUAAUGGAGAAUCGCAUACUUUGUGCUCUUUCAUAGGCUAUGUGACAACAUAUUUGUGCAGGUGGCGUGCAAGCUGGGCAAUAAGUCGAGUGUUACAGGUCCCAAGAACAAUACUUAAGAUCAACUGAUAGGAAACUUGGGAGUCAUUAAUAUAUGAUGUUUUGGACAAGUAAAUGAACCUAAGUUGUUUGUCCUAGCAACAAGUAUCUUUUGGACAAGAGUAUGCUGCAAAUCGGUUGUCAUUUCCUCCUUUUUUUUGUGUGUUUUCCUUUUGGGGAAACUUAUACACGGUACUGUAGAUGCUUCAGCUACUUUAUAUCAAGCCAUGUAC